UUUAAUAUUUUGUUUCAGAAAGACUCCAUGAAAGAUGACAGAAGAAGUUAUUGUUAUUGCAAAGUGGGAUUAUACUGCACAGCAGGACCAAGAACUUGACAUCAAGAAAAAUGAACGUCUUUGGCUAUUAGAUGAUUCCAAGACAUGGUGGAGGGUAAGAAACGCGGCCAACAAAACGGGAUAUGUGCCAUCAAAUUAUGUGGAACGAAAAAACAGCUUGAAGAAAGGUUCUCUGGUUAAAAAUCUAAAAGACACAUUGGGUUUGGGCAAAACAAAAAGAAAGACGAGCGCGCGAGACGCCUCACCGACUCCUAGCACCGAUGCCGAGUACCCAUCCAACGGCAGCAGCGCGGACCGGAUUUACGAUCUUAACAUUCCAGCCUACGUGAAGUUUGCCUAUGUCGCAGAGAGGGAGGAUGAACUGUCCCUGGUCAAAGGGUCCCGGGUCAUCGUCAUGGAGAAGUGCAGCGACGGCUGGUUUUUAUUUUUUUGA